AUGCUGGGGUCACCCAGUGAAAUCUUCAAGCACAGUGAGGAGCAGAAUGAAAAUGGAGAGUUGGUUAAGCUCAGCGAGGAGUCUCUCAUGCGGCAGCCAGAGGAAGUGUUUGAUAUCAUUUGUAAAUUGGGAGAAGGGUCAUAUGGAUCAGUCUUCAAAGCUCUUCACAAAGAGAGUGGACAGGUUUUAGCCAUAAAGCAGGUGCCAAUUGACACUGACUUACAAGAAAUCAUCAAGGAAAUUUCUAUCAUGCAGCAAUGCGAUUCUCCAUAUGUUGUCAAAUAUUACGGAUCAUAUUUCAAGGACUCUGAUUUAUGGAUUGUCAUGGAAUAUUGUGGUGCUGGAUCAGUCUCGGAUAUUAUGAAGCUCCGGAAAAAGACGUUAACAGAAGUGGAAAUUAGUGCCGUUGUGUUAGCAACUCUACACGGACUUGAGUAUCUUCAUAUAAGAAGAAAAAUACACAGGGAUAUCAAAGCCGGGAAUAUACUCCUCAAUUCUCAGGGUCAUGCUAAACUGGCUGACUUUGGAGUGGCGGGGCAGUUGUCUGACACAAUGGCAAAACGAAACACUGUUAUUGGAACACCAUUCUGGAUGGCACCGGAGGUCAUACAAGAAAUUGGCUAUGAUUGCGUAGCAGACAUUUGGAGUUUAGGCAUUACUGCCCUGGAGAUGGCUGAGGGCAAGCCACCCUAUGGCGACAUCCACCCCAUGCGCGCCAUCUUCAUGAUCCCCACCAAACCUCCCCCGUCAUUCCGGGAGCCCGACAAGUGGCAGCCUGACUUCAUUGACUUUGUUUCAAGAUGUUUAGUAAAGAACCCUGAGGAGCGAGCGACCGCGACGGAAUUACUGCAGCAUCCCUUCAUCCUGGCGGCCAAGCCUCCCACCGUCCUCAGGCCCAUCAUCGAGGAGGCCAGGGCCCUCAGGGACAGACAACUCGCAAGCAAACAGCUCAAUGCCGCCAGACACGGCAACAGAAACAUGGGCCCUGUCAGCCUGUCUCUGAACAGCUGCAGCAGCAACAGCAGCAGCAAUAAAGAGGGUAUAAAUAACUACCAUAACCACAUGCAUCACACGCCCGUACAAAUGCCCAGCGGGGAGGAGGACGACGUAGACUGCAACACGAUGGUUCGCUACAGCAGCAUCGAGGCGACGCUCAAACCUGACGCACAAGACGGCACUCUGAAGGAGGCUGGUGGCACUCUGGUGCCUCCCAGACAUGGUGCCACACACUACCAUCAGGACGACAGAGGAGGCACGUUGACGAAGAAUGGAGACGCCCAGGACGACUCUGGCUCGACGCUGGGGCAGGACCUCGGAACAAUGGUCAUCAACUCGGACCCUGAGGAUGAAGAUGAGGACUCCACCAUGAAAAGACACGACACAGCGCCCGGUGAGAGUCGCAAGUACAGGCCGCUGUUCCUCGACCACUUUGAUAAGAAGGAGCAGCAGAAGAAGGAGCGGGAGGCUGGUAAGGGAGGCCCUCAUGACGACGUGUCCCCCAGCAGCCCCCUCCUCCCGACCCUGCUGCCUCACAGCGACACCGCCAGACCCAACCUCCUCGCUCAGGUGAGUGAUGCACGACUAGCACCAUCAUCACCGGUGGUGACGCCAGGUUCACCACAAGGACUACAAGCACCACCACAGUACGGCACCACCGUCUACACAUCACCAAACUGUGGUGCCUCCAGUCAGCCCAAGGAACUCUCACCACAGGAGCAGAAACUUUUCGAGAGCCAGCUGGCUCGGGAGCUGGACCAGCUCCAGCCCCCCGCUGGUGGGGGUCUGGAGGGCGCUGCGCCCCCUCUCCCCGCGUCCGCCCCCGCCCCCCGUCAUCUCCCACAAGCCCACGAGAAACAAGCCAAGUUCCAGCGAUCUUUCGUCGAGGGCGAUUUCGAAUUCUUGCGGGGCCUGAACCGCGCAGAGCUGGAGGCGCGGAUGGGGCGACUGGACCAGGAGAUGGAGCAAGAAAUUGAUGAGCUGCGCCAGCGAUACCAGGCCAAGCGACAACCUAUCCUUGAUGCCAUGGACCACAAGCGCAAGCGACAACACAACUUCUGAUCACCGUCAUCUGCCUAGCAACCAGCGUGUUUAUUUUGCUUUGCAAUUUUAUUUCAAGUUCAAUUUUAUUCAAAUUAUCAUGAGAACUAGACGAGCUUAUGUUAUAGCGUUAAAUACACAAGUUAUCACAAAGCUGACAGGGCAAGCGAUAACCCAAUUUCCUAUCACCUUUUUCUCCUAGUGACCAGCGCUAGGAGAAGCUAUUGAUAGCUAUGUUUAU